CCUCUCUCUCUCUUUUAAGACAUUCUUUUUCUUUUAUGGUUUGAUUCUUGCAUUCUGAAGUUACAAUGAGAAAUCCAAAUGAAGCAAAGUUGACUUCAAGGGGGAAUAUCUGUUCUUUAGUUUUUAAGACUAACAAUUUCUUGGUGGUGUUUGGUUUUGUCAGUUUGAUGUAUCUUUUUUUUUCUGCCUAUAGUCUUCAUGUCUUUCCAAUGCAAUGCAGUAAAGUUUCUUUAAUCCAAUCAUGUCCUGCUUCACUCUACUAUGUACCCAACACCAUUAUCGGCCUCCAAGAAACAGCUUCUUUAUUCCAUGUGAAUGCUAGUGUAGUUAAUAGGACUGUUGAUGGUUUCUUGGUUACCAUAAAUUGCAGUUGUUCAGUUACCCAAGAUUACUUCACUUGGCAAAUGGACUACUUGGUCCAACCUGGGGAUUCAUGGGAGAGCAUUUCCUGGAAAUUUGGCUCAUUUGUGGUGGAAAACCACACAAAUGCAUUAAAUUCAUUGCAAAAUACGACACUAGAUUUUUUAUGUGGUUGUUCUGAAACUGCACAUGUGAUAACCUACAGGGUUAAAAAGGGAGAUACAUUGUUUACUAUUUGUUCUCGGUUUAAUGUUGAUUUAAACAUGACUGCCCGGUCCAAUAGGCUGGAAAAUCCACACCUUAUCUAUGAUGGUGAUAUUCUAUUUAUCCCGGAACCAGAAGGGGGCCUUCAAAACCUCACCAUACUUGAAGUGGACAGAAAAGAUACAAAGGAUAGAAAAGCAUCAAAAUCUCGAAUUCGUAUUCUGGUUGGAGCCAUAUCUAGUGCUUUUAUUAUCAUACUGUUAGCAGUUGUACUUGUAUUCUGGAAAAAAAUUAGGGCCAACAGAGCUCGACAAUCAGAAGCUUUUUCACAGAGACCAUAUUGCUUGCUUUGUAAUCUUGACGAGUGCUCUUGCUCUAGAAAAUGUGAAGAAAGCCCAGCUUCCUCAUUGAACUCUGAUAAAGCUACUGUUUUCCCUUACUAUGAAAUUAUUGACGCAACUUCCAACUUUAGUGUAACUUCAAAGGUUGGCCAAGGAUCAUAUGGGUCAGUUUAUCAUGGAAAAUUAAGAGGAACUGAUGUUGCCAUCAAGCAGAUGAAAAGUACAAAGACAAAAGAGUUCAUGUCAGAACUAAACAUUCUUUGCAGAGUUCAUCAUUCAAACUUGAUUGAGCUUAUUGGAUAUGGAGCUGGUGGAGAUUCUUUGUUUCUAGCAUAUGAAUUUGCCCAAAAUGGUGCAUUGAGUGAUCAUCUGCACAGUCCCACCUUAAGAGGUCAUAAACCUCUUCCUUGGGUUACACGUGCCCAGAUUGCUCUUGAUGCCGCUAAAGGGCUUGAGUAUAUACAUGAGCACACAAAACCAUAUUAUGUCCAUCGUGAUGUCAAGACGAGCAAUAUUCUUUUAGAUUCCAAUUUUCGUGCAAAGAUUGCAGAUUUUGGACUGGUAAAGUUACUAGAGAAUUCUCCAGAUGUCCGAGCAGCAGCAUCUAGAAUUGUUGGCACAUUUGGUUACCUUGCACCUGAGUACGUUCGGGACGGGUUUGUGACCACAAAGAGUGACGUCUAUUCCUUUGGAGUUGUUCUUAUGGAACUACUUACUGGCCAACCGGCAUUAAGUAAAGAUGCAAGUUCUGAAAAUUAUCAACUCAGCGAACAUCGUUCUGUGGUGCAAUAUAUGCUGUCAGCAUUAAAUGAUACAGAGGAUCCUUUCACCCAGCUGGAGAAAUGCAUUGAUCCAAACCUGACCUGCUACCACAAAGAUUCACUCUUCCAGAUGGCCCUCUUGUCCAAAGACUGUGUUGAUGAUAAUUGGAACCGGCGUCCUGACAUGAGUAAAGUUGUGCUACGCCUUUCACACAUCCUGUUGAACUCCAAGGAAAGCAAGGAACUUGAGUGCAGCCAACUGAUGGCCUAAACUUUCACGAAUUGGCCUUUAUUGUCUCCCCUUUUCACAUGCCAUAUCUUACAAGUGAUAGCACUUAUCUAGCUUAAAUGGAAUGUUAAAUGUCUAUAUUUACAUUGAUAGGUGGAUGCAGCUGACUUGUGACUAUGCGGUUACAGGAUAUGCAAAGUCUGCAGCACAUUCAGCCUCCUUUCCUAUAUGGGAAGCCAAAGGAAGGUCCUGGAACCAAUCUAUAAAUAUUUAUUUGUUUUCUUAUCAAAGUUUAACUGGAAUAUCAGUUACUGGAACCGCUAAUAGAAAUAUUUACACGAAUAGGAAUAUUAGUAGCAUUUAAAGAAAGGAUCUGUGUAUUUUCUUGAAAAGUUAUUACAGUAUACAUGGUUCCAGUAUUCCAUCA